AUGGCUCAUAACCUUCUUGAAGACAUCUUCGUAAACUUCAAGAAGCCCUUUCUUGAAGCCCUUUCUUCUUGUAGAGUCUUCACACUUUCCUCAAACAUUUUUCAUCUUCUUCUUGUCCUCUUCAAGACGAUGUUGAAGAUCAACAUUAUUCAACGUCACUACCACUAUAUCAACACUACCAAGUCCAAUUGUGAAUAA